AUGCCUUCUCCACGCCGAGUACGCCUACUAAUCCUGGCGACGAUUGGCACAUUCAUCUUUAUUCUCUUCUACACCUCGGGAUUCGACUCGCAUCACGAUGCAGAGACCUAUACAGGCCAAGAGUUUAUCAAGAAGACCCAAAAUGCCAUGAGCGCAAACGAACCCCCGGCACCCAUCGUCGACUUUGCAACCGGAGAGAAGGCUGGACAGCCUCACGCUGACAAGGAUGGAGAUGGCGAUAUCGACGCAGACGACCAGAAGUUAGCUGCUCAGAUGCAAGAGCGCCUCAAGGCGGCCGAGGCCGAGGCGAAGGGCAAGGCGAACGAGAAGGGAGGUCUGCGACCCGAUCCUCCCAAGAAGGUUGUGGGAGUUGGAAGUUCCGCGGAAGGUCAGGAUAAGGAUAAAAUUGUCAAGCCUGUUGGCGGAGACUCUGGCGAUGCUCCAGCUCCUGCAGCCGCAGCCGCUGCCGAGAAGAAACCCGAAACAGAGACGAGGAGCAAGGAGGCAAUCGCGGCUCGCGAAGAGCUUGACUCUAUCCUCAAGAAAUCACCUGUCAUCAUCUUCUCUAAGACGUACUGCCCCCACUCGAAGCGAGCCAAGAGCCUUCUGAUCCAAAAGUACUCCAUUACACCCGAGCCCUACGUCGUUGAGCUUGAUAUCCAUCCCCAAGGCCAAGCCCUGCAAGAUCAGCUACUCGAGACAACAGGCCGAAGGACCGUACCCAAUAUCAUGGUCAACGGUGUGAGCCUGGGAGGCGCCGACGACAUCACCGAGAUGGACCAGGCAGGCAAGCUCGUCGGCAAGAUUGUCGACCUCGGAAACAAGCGAGUCGAGGUUCUGGAACGAACCAAGUAG